AUGCCGCAUUAUCACCAGUAUUUUCUGAUUUUGUCUAUUUUUAAAACGCAGAUUGAUGAUGAUUUUAUCGCACGCUAUCAAAUGAAUUAUGGCUCAGAUUUGUCACAAGUUUCUUCCGGCCCCGGCGAAAACCCUUCACAUGCUGCGGGACCGGUUGAUUGGACCGAUUUCAAUGCCAAAUUGGCACGUCUUCGUGAGGAAAAAGGUGACGAUUCUGAGGAAGUGCAACAACUCACCAAAGCAGCUCACGAAUCACUUAAUGCCUACUACAAUUCACCGGCCUAUCGAGAGUGGUAUGAGGCCUACUGCAAACAGAAAGAAAUCACAGUUCCGAAACAAAAUCAAACAGUCCAAGUAUCGCAGAACCUCCCACAGAAAAGUAAAAAACUGCGAUACGAUUUGAAACCAUCAGAAAGAAUGCGUGGUAUGUUAGAUGCGGAUGGCGAGGAUCCAGACGAAGCUUUAGCUCGAGCUGAAGCAGAACUUCAAGCCGGAAUCCCUUUGGUAUCAGAUUUGAGGGAUGCACCACACCCGUCCACUGAUACAGCCCUCGAAAGUGAUAAGGGAAACGAAACUUCCACAAAUCCCGGAAACCAAACGACAAUUAAUCCAACCCAGGCUGAUGGCACUGUUGAAUCGAAAAAAACGUCUGCAGCUAAACGGAAACAGAUAGCACCUCCUCCCGCCUGGUAUGAGAUUGAUGAAAGCAAGAACACCCACGUAUAUGUCUCUGGUUUUCCGCCAACAAUAACACAAAAAGAGUUUCAAGAUUUGAUGUCAAAAUACGGAGUCAUUAUGAAUGAACCGUUCACCAACAAACCACGCGCAAAACUUUACUUGGACGAAUCGGGUCAGCCCAAAGGUGACGGUCGAUGUUGCUAUGUUAAGGUCGAAUCAGUUGAACUGGCUUUAAAGAUCCUCGACGGGAUGGUAUAUGCCCCGGGUUACACGCUUCAUGUGGAACGAGCGAAAUUCCAACCCAAAGGGGAAUUCGAUCCGAAGAAGCGACGACGACUGACGCUGAAGGAGAAAAAGAAGCUUCGAGAACAGCAGGAAAGCCUUUUCCGCUGGGGCAUCGACACCAGUAAAUUUGUACGCGGUAAGAAAGAGCGUGUACUCAUUCUGAAGAACGCCUUCGUCGAAACUGACUUCCUGACAAAUCCACUUGGUGCAGUCAGUGUCACGUUUUCCACGGCUGAGGAAGCAGAUACUGCACUGGCCUUCCUGAACGGAGCCUUGUUUAACUACCCGGGUUCCGGUGGCGCCCGUCAGUUACAUGUAGAACGAUGGGAUGGAAAAACGAAUUACUCGGUCCAAGAGGACAAAGAUGAAGAGAAAAGCCGUAUUAAUAACUGGGAAGAAUAUCUUGGCGGUGGCGAGUCGUCUUCCGAAGAGGAUGAGGGUACUAAUCCAGCACCAGUGACAGAAACAGAUGUUGCGUUAGCUUCCGCAACAACCCACAGUCCCAGUAGUAAUCGGCGCGCACCGAUGGAAGAAGACCAGGACUAUUGGGACACAAGUUCACCUGAGCGAGCAGACACAGAUGACGAGUUAAAUGCCGGUGGAAGCAGUGGUGAUGAGACUGCCUGA